UCUCACUUAAUUAGAAUCUUCAGUUCAGCUUCAGAAUCUCUAGGGUCAUUUUGACUUUAUAAGACGUACAAUACAGCUGUUUUUGUAACUGUGCCAAGAGUUUAUGAGCUUAGGAUCUGAAGUUACAUCAAGGAAAAGGUCUGCUGUUGACUCUCAUCCAGAAGACACUGAAAGCAAGAAAACAUUCAAGAUGCCAUUUGUUGGAAUUAACGGAUUUGGUCGUAUUGGUCGUCUAGUCUUACGUGCUGCACUAACAAUGGGAAAGGGUGACGAAUUCAAUGUGGUGGCUGUCAAUGAUCCUUUUCUUGAUGUGGAAUACAUGGCUUACUUGUUUCAGUAUGAUUCUACUCAUGGCAGAUACAAAGGAGAAGUUAAGACAGAAGGUGGUAAAUUGAUCAUUGAUGGACAUGCCAUAGCAGUAUAUGCAGUUAAGAAUCCUGCAGAGAUCCCUUGGGGUUCACACAAUAUUGACGUUGUAGUGGAAUCAACUGGUGUAUUCACAACACUUGAUAAGUGUCAGGCACAUAUUACUGGUGGUGCUAAGAGGGUUGUUAUAACUGCACCUUCUGCUGAUGCUCCAAUGUUUGUGAUGGGAGUUAAUGAAAAGGAAUAUAACCCAGCUAAACAUCAAAUAAUAAGUAAUGCAUCUUGCACAACUAAUUGUCUUGCUCCUGUGGCUAAAGUUAUCAAUGACAAAUUUGGUAUUGUUGAGGGUCUGAUGACAACUGUUCAUUCCUAUACAGCUACACAGAAGACAGUUGAUGGACCCAGUGGAAAGAAAUGGCGUGAUGGUCGUGGUGCUGCUCAGAAUAUUAUUCCUGCUAGUACCGGAGCAGCAAAGGCUGUUGGAAAAGUUAUUCCUGCCCUAAACGGGAAACUAACUGGUAUGGCUUUCCGUGUUCCUACAGCUGAUGUUUCUGUUGUUGAUCUAACCUGCCGACUAGCCAAUGCUGCAUCGUAUGAUGCUAUCAAGGAUGCAAUCAGGACAGCUUCUCAAUCUCCUGAACUGUCACGUUUCAUUGGAUACACUGAAGAUGAAGUUGUUUCAAGUGACUUCAUUGGUGACACCAGAUCUAGCAUAUUUGAUGCUAAAGCUGGCUUGGCUUUGAAUGAUAACUUUGUCAAGCUUGUAUCUUGGUAUGACAAUGAGUUUGGCUAUAGCUGUCGUGUGGUUGACCUUGUUCUGUACACUGCUUCAGUUAAUUAAAGGCUAAACUGCAUUAAAGACUAAACUGCUAUUGUUAAUUCAUGUACACAUGAGUCUUAGUAGAUUAUAGUUAUAAUGAUAAUUUUAAGCUAUGGAAUUUAUUGCAAGAAUUUGGUUGGGAUAA